CGGGCGGUGUCCGUAUUGGGACUCGGAGGUGUGAGGAUAAAGGUUUGAGUAUUUCAGGCAGCAGAGAACACUCAUCCUCAAACCACCAGGACCGUAUCGAAGAUGGGCGCAGAAACCAACAAAGCUGACGAACCACUUCAUGGGGGUAGGGAGGGCGAGAUGACCGGCAGGGAUGGUGCCGAAGACCGCGUCCGAUCUCUGGCCCCGAAGGCCCAACAUUCCCGUGCACUCAGCGUGCCCAAGGUCCUUACCCCCUGGGCAGUCAAAGAGACACGGAUCCUCCUCCUCGAGAAUAUCAACCCAAUCGCCGUCAAGCUCUUCAAGGACCAUGGCUACACUGUCGACGAGAUCAAACAUGCCCUCAACGAGGACCAACUGAUCGAGCACCUUCGAUCGAAUCAUUACUCCGGACUCGGAAUCAGGAGUAAGACUAGAGUCACCGAACGGGUCAUCAAGGAAGCUGGUGCAAACUUAUUGGUUAUCGGUUGCUUUUGUAUUGGUACCAACCAGGUCGAUCUAGAUGUUGCUGCAUCAGCCGGGAUCUGUGUCUUCAAUUCGCCGUUCUCCAACUCGCGCUCGGUAGCCGAACUAGUGAUCGGAGAGCUGAUUGCACUAGCCCGACAACUGACGGAUCGUUCGAGCGAGAUCCACAACGGGGUCUGGAACAAGGUCUCGAAGGGAUGCUACGAGGUGCGAGGGAAGACGCUAGGAAUCGUGGGCUAUGGGCAUAUUGGUUCCCAACUGAGUGUUCUGGCCGAAGCGAUGGGAAUGAACGUGAUCUACUACGACGUCCUGCCGAUCAUGCCGCUCGGCUCGGCGACCCAGAUCGACACUCUGGAGGCCAUGCUCAGCAAGGCGGACUUCGUCAGCCUCCACGUACCCGAGCUGCCAGAAACCAUCAACCUCGUCUCCGCCAAGGAACUCGGACACAUGAAGCCGGGCAGCUAUCUGAUCAAUAAUUCCCGCGGACGGGUAGUUGACAUCCCUGCACUGAUCGAAGCCAUGGAGGCUGGCCGGAUUGCCGGCGCAGCCCUGGACGUGUUCCCCAACGAGCCGGGCUCGAAUGGCGAAAGAUUCGACGACCAACUGAACCCGUGGACGAGCCGGUUGCUCGGCCUGAGCAACUUGAUCCUUACUUCCCACAUCGGCGGGUCGACCGAAGAGGCUCAGAAGGCCAUCGGCAACGAGGUCUCAAACUCUAUGAUCAAAUAUCUCACCUUUGGCUCCACCCUCACCUCCGUCAACUUCCCCGAGGUCUCCCUACGUCCGAUCCUCGAGUCCGGCCUCGUCAGAGUCUGUCAUGCCCAUCACAACCAGCCCGGUGUCCUCAAGAACAUCAACUCUAUCCUGGCUGAUUACAACGUCGAGAAACAGUACUCGGAUAGUAAAGCUGACAUUGCUUAUCUAAUGGCCGACAUCCAACUCAGCGAUACCGAUAACCGAUCCAAGUCUCACAUCGAGAUCUCAGACCUCUUCUCUGGCAUCUCAAGUACCUCUAGCAAUAUCAAAACCAGGGUACUAUAUUGAUCGUACUCUUCAGUUAAAACCUUCUGCUUCUUUUAUUACCAGAAACACGCACCAAGUUUCUCUUGAUUACCAUUAUGAUGAUCCCUAGGAUCCUUUUGAAAAAUUAACUUCCUCAGCUCAUUGAUAGAACUGAGUCUUCUCCUCUUGGCCUUAUUGAUUGAAUUGAACAUUUAUUGCCAUUAUCAUAUUGAAAAAUCCAAUUGCUGCAUUUUUUCUUGCUACUACAUUGAAUUCUGAAACAGUGACAUACCUUCAGCUACAGCUGGAGAAAAAAAGAAGGGAUCAAUGUGG